CAUCCCUAUCCGAAUGACGUAUUGUAUGAUUGCAAAUCAUUUGACGUAUUAUUUUAUUUAUUCGCGAUUGAUUUUGAUCGUUCAAAAAAUAAGUAUAGUAGACUUAAUUAACGAAAUAACAGUGGAUGUUUGCUGUGAUAUUGAGCAGUGAAUACAUACGUAUUAUAUGAUUGCUGUUUUGUGCUAAGUCAUGGCCAAAACUAAAAUUACAGGCGCUACGAGCAGACUAAAGCAGGAUUACCUCAGGCUUAAAAACGACCCCGUACCAUACGUUACUGCCGAACCAGUGCCGUCAAAUAUAUUAGAAUGGCACUACGUCGUCAAAGGACCGGAGAAAAGUCCCUACGAAGGUGGGUACUACCAUGGAAAAAUAAUAUUUCCGAGGGAGUUUCCGUUCAAGCCACCGUCAAUUUACAUGAUUACGCCGAACGGAAGGUUCAAGACAAACACGCGAUUAUGCCUUAGCAUCACCGAUUUCCACCCUGAUACAUGGAACCCGGCGUGGUCGAUAUCGACGAUCCUUACGGGAUUACUGAGUUUUAUGUUGGAGAAGACACCAACAUUGGGUUCAGUUGAAACUUCUGACUAUCAAAAACGGUGCCUAGCAGCUGAAUCUUUGGAGAUCAAUAUUAAAAACAAAAUGUUUUGUGAGCUGUUCCCGGAGUAUGUUGAAGAGAUUGAGCAGCAGCUGAAGCUCCGGCAAGAAGCCAUGCUGCAUGCAGAAAACACGAAUACAAGUGAAGGUGAAGUGAUAACUGAACAGCAGUCAAACAUGUACUAUAUUAUGACAAACUUGUUUGUGUUGGUAGGCUUUGUAUUCCUUGCAUACAUGGUCAAAUAUGUCUUAGUCUCCAUAUCUAAUGAUUAGACAAUAAUUAUGCUGUAUUUUAAUGUAAAUAUUGUAAUUUAUUUUGUAAAUACAUUUAUUCCAUUAGAGGCAAAUUUAGAAGUUGAUAUGACAUUGUGCUAAGCAUACUGAUAUAAAGUAUCAUUUGGAAACCAGCAGUAAUUUAUUUUGAAAUCAAAAUAUUCUGGACUGGUACAGCAGCCUUUAGUUUUAGUGAAGUGAUUGAAGAAGUAAAAUCUCCUGUAGUUAAUUAUGUUCUAACUUAUAAAAUAUUAUUUCUGCAUAGUUACCAUACUUAUUCUUUAAACCAUACCAAAUCUGGAAAUAAUAUCUUUCCGUUUUAAAUUCCAUUUUGCAUAAUUUCACACAGAUGUGUUAUCUGAAAGUAAAGCUUGCAAGUCUUUGUAUUGUAUAAUAAAGUGGCAGUGAUAUGUGUUGUUUACGAAAAUAUUGUUUGCUUAGGUGUUAAGUGACAAGCACUAUGCUUUGGGAGCAUAAACACAGCUUUUAGAUAUUCCUAAUUUAAUGGAUAGCUAGCUAGUGUUGGAAAUUAUAAAUGUAGUAUGAUGUGAUAUAGUUUUUCACUUGCACACAUUGUGGGUAAAAGAUUACAAUAAGCUUAUAAAGUUCUCCUGAAUAAAAAUUGGCAAAUGUGAUAGUGAAUGUAGUAAUCUCACAAAGCUAGUUGUAAUACUUACUACUUCUAUAAAGAUUAAUUAAAAUUUUUCAAUGUCAUAUUUUCCAUCUAUGCUUGAGACAUAUUUUCAUGACUAUCUUCAUUACAUCUAGUGUAUAACUUCGAGUAUCAACUUUGAUCAUGUAUUGCAUCUUAGAAAUGUUUAAUGUAUCACACUAAGCCUACUUCUGCAUUUAAAACUAGUGUGGAUUCUGUAACUAUGUAAUAAAAUGAAGAUUGAUGUACAUUUAUUUUCAUUGUAAGUGACAUAUUAAAAUUAUUUCAUUAUGAACAUGUAUUGUAAUUUUAGGAUGCAAAGCUAGGGUUGAUUGUAUUUUGUGCAAAGCUGGUUAUAAAUAUGUUAAAAUUUAUGUUUAUCUUGCAAGUAUUGUUUAUAUGGUUAUUUUUUCAAUGUAAAAUGCUAUACUAUUCAUAUAGCAGCAUUCAGUGUCUACUUGAAUCUUUAAAUUUCCAAGUACUUAAUGUAUUUAUUAUGACUUCUCUGAAAUUUUCCUGACUGUAAUCAUUAUAAUAAACAAUGUUAAGUGUGGUAUAUAUUUGUUACAAAAUAUGAAUACAAAAAUGUGGACUGUCAUUGUACUAUCGAUUUUAGCAAUUUCUAAUUGUUAAAAAUCAAGUAAAUGUUAUUUUUUUUAAG